UCCAGAAAAGAUUAUUCUCAAUUGCAUAUUCUCCAAUUACAUUCAUCAACAUGGAUUUAAAGCAAAUUGACGAGGAAGCUCGACUGGCGGCUAUUAAAGAAAUUAAAAAUAUGUUUCAGAGGCCUGGACAGCUGGAAAAAGUCGAUCAGUAUCGGCACCGAGUGUAUCGUAAAAAAGUGUCGAUAGAUGCAAUGUUGAAAACAUGCAUGCAAAAUCAAACCGACGACGUAAAAAUUGGAGUCAAAAAGCUACAAUCUGCGCUGGAAGGUAUUGGUGAGGUAGACCAGCAAGCGAAGGAAGCGAUUUCGGAGCUUACCGACGUUCCCUCGAUAUACGACGCACUAGAAGCUGUCCGAGACGAGAAUGCAAAGCACUCGCAGUACAUGACCGCUAUGGAAAACUUGAAACACAUAUUUACUGUUCAGUCGAGCGUGGCAAAAACAAUGCAGUGGAUCGAGGAAGAUAAGCUACUACACGCGCAUCAAUGUCUUUCAGAUUUGGAAAAUUCACGAGAUGAUUUGCUCUUUGAAUUGCACAAACUUCCAAAACAGAAUGCUCACGAUAAAAUUACACUAAAACGGUACUUUGAAAAGGUGGAAACGGUUUCUGCCACUCUGGAGAAGAAAAUUCGGCUGAUUCUGCAGCGAACGCUUAACACAGUUCGGAAGGAACCAACCGUCAUUGUUACUGCGCUAAGAAUUAUCGAGAGGGAAGAAAAGUCGGAUGCUUUCGCCUUGCAACAGCAGAAGCAAACCGGUUUCAUUCCACCCGGGCGCCCGAAAGAGUGGCGUAAGAAGGCGCUGGAAGUGCUCAAUGAAUCGGUUAUCCAGAGGAUUGAAGGCUCAAAGUUGGAGGAACGGUCUGAUAAUAAGUUGUGGUUGGUGCGCGAUUUGGAAUUAACCAGACAGUUUAUCCUGGAAGACUUACGUGUCGUUAAGUCGUUGUGCGUUCCCUGCUUUCCACCGCAUUAUAAUAUCUUGAAGGAGUAUGUGAAUAUGUACCAUAGUGCGUUAUCGAAAUAUCUUGAAGAACUGAUCCAAAUGGGUUUAGAAGGCAACGAGUAUGUGACAAUAUUAUCAUGGAUAAUGAACACGUAUCCUGGAAGGGAACUGAUGCAACAUCCGGAUCUUCAGAUUGACCUUUCUGGUGUCGGUCCGUUAGUAAGCGUUCAGGUUCUUAAAGGGAUGGAAACAGCCUAUCUUAAAACCAUGGAACGAAACUAUCAAGAUUGGAUGACCAAAACAUUGGAAACAGAAAAAACUGACUGGAUUAACGGUGUUCCAGCGGAUACCGCCGACCAAUAUUACCACACGUCAGCUCCUGUGAUUAUUUUCCAAAUGAUUGAUCAGAAUCUUCAGGUCACGAACACGAUUCAUUCCGAUUUGACGUUCAAUGCUCUAAUUUUGAGCAUUCAACAAGUGAUCAAAUAUGGUCACAACUAUCGCGGCGCAAUAAUCGAGUACAAGGAACGGCAUUUCCGAGAUCGAAGUUUAGCACCCUUUUUCACACAGCAUAUUAUCACGAUUGUGAAUAAUUGUGCGCAGAUAAUGGAACUUGCGCAGCAGAUGAAGCAACUUUAUUGGCCGAAAUCAAAACCUCAACAUUAUGAAGAGUUUGGUCGUCUUCUAAUGACUUAUCAAACCUUGAGGGAUGAGGCUGGUAGAUUUCUCCUGGAAGAGGCUUUCCUAGAUCUUGAAGUUCAUUUUAAUGAUUUGUUCACUGCCAAAUGGGUCAGUUCGACAGUUUCCGUCGACACAAUAUGUGUGACGUUGGAGGAUUACUUUCAGGACUACAACCAUCUUCGAUCAACAAAUUUUGAGUACGUAAUAAUUGAAGCUCAGCGAUUGGUCGCCAAACGAUAUAUUAAAGCGAUGCUUUCCAAGCGGUUAAGCAAAACACGCCAAGAGUGUGACGUGUUAGCGAAAAAAGUGAACAAGGAAACCAAGCAGAUUAAAAUUUUCUUCGAAAAAGUGGCGCCGAAUGUAUCGAAAAAUGAUUCUCCAAUAGACGUCAUUUCGAAUUUGGCAGCUUUGCUCACGUGCGACUCAGAAAUGUUGGUGCUCGAUUUGCACACGCUGCUAUCCAGUUAUCCUUCACUAACGGAGGAUCACCUGGUUCGUUUGUUCUAUUUGCGAAAUGACUUCAAGGCCAGCGAGGUAAAGGAAAAGAUACACGAUGCGGUUGUAUCGAAGAAAACUACCGUCAGUCACGAUAAACAGGAUAGCAUCUUCAAGGAAAUUGUAUUCUCUGACAAAUUGUGGUAAGGUAAAGAUAGUCAGCAAUUAGCAUUGUUCCUAACAAAUGGAUGUACGAAGCCUUAUUGUGAACUAAAAUCGAUAGAUGAAGUUUUCCCAUACGCUUGUUUCGAAAUCAAUUCAAGUUGAAAAUUAUACCUUUUAUGCGAAAUUUACGAGAGAAUCGAAAGCGUCUGUUACAAGACAAUAUUUAAAAGUUAUUGUAGCCAAUUGGGGCACACGACUCAUAUGUCAUACAGAUGUAAUCCUAUAUCCUAUAAUGAUAUUAGA